AUGACCGAGUACGACGACUAUGGUGUCCCCGUGGGCGCAUACCAGGAGCCGGACAGCUUCGCCGGCCAGACAUACCGAACCGCGCGCGCUUUCUUGUUGUACAGAGCAAAGCCAUUUGCGCAGAGCACAGUCACCCAAGGACGAUGGAAGAGGCUGUUCGGCUUGGCGAACACGCUGGUGGUGAUAUGGUGGGUUGUGGUAUACUGGGGCGAGAGGGGCGCCUUCGACAGCGCAGUAGGGAGCUGCAAUUGGGACGCGUGGGAGAGCUGGGAAAUAGGAGCCAAUCCUCACAGACUCGUCUUUGUCGCCGACCCGCAACUCGUUGACCCGCACACCUACCCCGGCCGGCCAUGGCCUCUCAACCCGCUCACCAUGAAGUAUACCGACCAGUACAUGCGCCGCGCCUACUCUCGUAUACAGACCGAGCUCUACCCCGACACUGUUUUUUUUCUCGGUGAUCUGUUCGACGGCGGCCGCGAAUGGUCCACGCGAACAACGAAGUCGCCCGAGAAGCAAUACCAGCAGUAUGGGGACAAUUACUGGAUGAACGAGUACCGCCGUUUUGGAAACAUAUUCUUCGAGCACUGGGGCGACGGAGGUCUGAAGCCACGCCAUGGACAGCCGGGGAGGAAACUCAUCAGCAGCCUGCCAGGAAACCAUGACCUUGGCUUCGCAAAAGGAGUCCAGGUUGGAGUGCGCGACAGGUUCCACGCAUACUUUGGGGACGGCAAUAGGAUCGAUGUGAUAGGAAACCACACCUUUGUCUCCAUAGACAGCGUCUCGCUCAGCGCAUUAGGGGUGCCGUCCUCUCAGGAUGUCGAAGAGCUGUGGAAACCGACUGUCGAUUUUCUCGCCGGCGCGAAAGAGCAGAAGCGCAAGCAAAUCCAGCGGGAGCUCCGAGUCCAGCAAGGCCUCAGGCCCUAUCCAGGCUUCCCACACCGCGAGAUUGAGUCGCAAGACUUUGCGAAAGCGACCUUGCCCCACGCCAACGACGAAGUCACAGAAUUUCCUACCAUCCUCCUCACUCACGUGCCCCUCUACCGUAGCUCAGGCACACCCUGCGGCCCCCUGCGCGAACACUGGCCCCCGACGCCUCCGCCCGCAGGCCAAAACGACCCUCUCGAGCACGACGAGCGCAAUGCGAUCUCCGUCAGCGGUGGCUACCAGUACCAGAAUGUCAUGAACAAGGAGAUCAGCGCCGAUGUCGCCAGCAAGAUCGGUGAUAUCAGAUACGCCUUCUCGGGCGACGACCACGAUUAUUGCGAGCUGACGCAUCGCGGGUAUGCGUCUGGCGGCGGGGGCAUCAAGGAGAUCACAGUCAAGAGCAUCAGCUGGGCGAUGGGCGUUCGACGUCCAGGAUUCGUGCUGGUGAGCAUGUGGAACCCCGUAGACAAGAGUGGGAAGCCGCUGAAAGGUGACAUGAGCAAGACGCUGCAGACGCAUCUGUGUCUCUUGCCCGACCAGCUGGGAAUAUUUUUCCGCUACGCCGCGCUGUUCGGACUCACACUACUCUUGCUAAGCUUACGUGCCGCACUUGUCGCAUUCAAUCUCCUCCUCAGCGCGCCUCUGACGGCGGACGACCCCAUUCUACCGACGACACGCACCCCUGAGACGGAUAAAGCAGCACAUCGCUUUGCAGACGAGGCUUUGCACUCCUCCAACUCGUCCACAUCAUCAAACGCAAACGGCAGUCUACAAGUCCGCAACGCGUCGGCGCGCCCGCGCACCGCUUCUCCGUUGAACGGCUAUGGGCUGCCGAAUCCCAUGCCGCACCAGCAGGGCACAACGUAUUCGCUUCCACUUGUGCAGCAUGCCGGCUUCUACGGCGACGAGGAGAAGAAGGACGUCAAGACCUACGGGAGCGUGAGCACGAAGAGCAAGCCCAGAAAGAAGGGGUUCGCGCUUUUCAGACAGGAGCUGAAGAGUAGCUUGGGCACAGUCAUGGUCUGUGGUUUGGGUUGGUACUUUUGGUUGAUCUGGCACGGGUGA